AUGACAGUGAUUAGUGGUACACAAUUGAACGAAAUAUUAACCAAGUGCGGAUUUGGUGCAGUCGCUUUGGAUGUAUCGUCCGAAGUGGUUGGACAGAUUAACGGAAUGAUCACGGACAGCAACGAGGCAGCGAUGUUUGUUGCUCAUCUGAUCCAUGAGUGUGGCGGUUUCGAAUGUCGGGAGGAAACUAGCAGCGGACAUAUCCAGCUAACCUGGGAUGACGAUUACCUGGCUGCAUCAUACCGUAUUGCCAGGGACGAUGAGAGACCGGUGAAGGAUCCAAAUUUGUGCACGCGGGUGUUGCAGUUGUACUGGGACACGAGAGUACGCCCGCAAGCUGGUUCCUUUACGAGUUUCUGUGCCACAACCAAAGCUUUACACGGUGCACUGGAACCGAGCCCCAACCAUUCAAACACAACGAAACGCUAUAGGUACUACCUGAAGGCAGCUGCUGUCCUGGGUGUUGUCAAUGUAGCAUCUGAGUGA